GGAAUUGGCAUGGAUUCCUCCGUAACUCCAUUAAGACACAGUGGCCUUAGCUUGGUGCAAACGACAGAUUUCUUCUACCCACUAGUCGACGAUCCAUAUAUGAUGGGUAAAAUUGCAUGCGCGAAUGUACUGAGCGACUUGUACGCGAUGGGAGUUACUGAGUGUGAUAAUAUGCUGAUGCUGCUUGGAGUGAGCACCAAAAUGACUGAGAAAGAGCGAGAUGUCGUGGUACCUUUAAUCAUGAGAGGAUUCAAAGACUCUGCCCUGGAGGCUGGUACCACCGUCACUGGAGGUCAAACUGUUGUCAAUCCUUGGUGUACUAUUGGAGGAGUUGCUUCUACUGUUUGUCAGCCCAACGAAUACAUUGUACCAGACAAUGCGGUUGUUGGUGACGUUCUUGUUUUAACAAAACCUCUGGGUACCCAAGUAGCAGUUAAUGCUCAUCAAUGGUUAGACCAGCCAGAUCGUUGGAACAGAAUAAAAUUAGUUGUCAGUGAAGAUGAUGUACGAAAAGCCUAUCAACGAGCGAUGGACAGUAUGGCCAGAUUAAACAGAAUAGCUGCCCGUCUGAUGCACAAAUACAAUGCUCACGGAGCAACAGAUGUAACAGGUUUUGGCUUGCUCGGCCACGCGCAGAAUUUAGCCAAACACCAGAAAAACGAAGUGUCCUUUGUAAUUCACAACUUACCAGUGAUUGCUAAAAUGGCAGCCGUCGCAAAGGCUUGCGGUAACAUGUUCCAGUUACUUCAAGGACACUCUGCAGAGACCAGCGGAGGACUUUUGAUCUGCUUACCCCGAGAACAAGCAGCUGCUUACUGCAAAGACAUUGAAAAGCAAGAAGGCUAUCAGGCUUGGAUUAUUGGUAUUGUUGAGAAGGGCAACCGCACAGCGAGAAUAAUUGACAAGCCCCGAGUUAUCGAGGUUCCAGCCAAGGAAAAGGAUGGAGAACUUUGGUAG